GACUGUUUACACUGUGAGAGAGGAGGCAUGUGUGUGAAGAACAGCAGAAACUCAGGAGAAACGGCCCUCACAUAAACAUGUAGGAUAUCUCACACACACAUACGCACACACAGACAACAGCAGGAUGGACCAGAGAGUUGGACACAGUUUGUAUCCCCCUGAAGGCCAGCCCAGCAGACCCAGAGAUGUGCUUGUUAAGUCAGCCUCAGCAUAUGCCGAUAUUCAAUGGGAACAGCCUCAUCAGCCGAGAAACCCGGACAGGGAUCCAUUUGGUUACCCUCAUCGCGAGAUCCCCCCAUUGGCCAGUUACGCUCCUCAACCUGAUUAUAUGACAGGAGAUGAUGAUCUCAUCAAGCCCAAAAAGCUGAUUAAUCCAGUGAAAGCCUCUAAAAGCCACCAGGAGCUUCAUCGGGAGUUGCUUAUGAACCAAAAACGAGGUAUUAGUGUGGAGAAUAAGCCAGAACUGCAGCGUGUGUUGGAGCAAAGGAAGAGAGAGCAGAUGAUUAAACAGAGAAAGCAGGAGGAGGAAGCCAGGAGGAAAAUAUCUCCACUGGAACAGGAGCUUCUCAAGAGACAACAGAAACUAGAGGAGCUGGAGAAGGAACAAGCAAGACUGGAGGAGAGCAACUGCAGCGCCCCGGAGUUCAUCAAAGUGAAGGAGAACCUGAGACGAACAUCGUUUACAAGUUCUGGAGAGAAGGAGGUGUAGGGACACAGACUGGAUCCAUAUGUGUGUAUUUGUGCACAGCCAGUAACAUAGAGACCUGCUGCAGCUCCUAAACACCACCCACAUGACUGAGCUUCUCUACUUCCUGUCUCACGUCAACAACACCUUCACCGCUCUCUGUAGCAGGUUCAGAGAGGGCCGAGAUAAGGACAAGACCCAAAGAGCCUCUGCUACACCUUCACGUCACAAAGUGGUUGAUGCUCAAGAGGUUUAAGGAGACUGCAGAGAGAAAGUGUGUGUUGUUUUUUCUGCUCCAGAUGGGCCCUGUUGGGUUAAAGUUUAACUUUCCAGGCUGCUUAUGAGUUUGUUUGUGUGUAUGCAUGGAUGGACAGCUGUGUUCUGGUUCUGAAAAAGUGAAAACAAGGUACAAGGAGUAGUUUCAGAGUGAAUAAACAGUCUGUUGCUCUCUAACCGAAAGGCAGAACAUUUAUAAGGCGACAACUAGACAAACAUAUCAGUAUUACAGACAACAUUUUUGCUUAUUGCUUACCAAAUCGCCAAAUAUUUGUUCAUUGCCUAAUUUUAAAUAUUGUCUCUUAUACUUAACAAUCAGCACUUGUCACUUUUAAAUGAAAAUAUAACAACUACUAUUAUUUCCAGCCUUCAUCGCCCUUGAUUUUAAGUUCAGAAAGAAAAAAAAACAGCAACCAUUAAACAUUGAUCAUUACUACAAUGAUGGCUAAAAUGAUGAUGCACCAUUACAUGAAGUUAACUAUUUAAUUCGACACAUCAAAUGCACUUACUUGUGUAAAAAAUAGAGAAGUUGUCUAGUUUGUGCUUAUUCCGGUGCCUUUGUCUAAGUAAUGCAACAGUAUGGGCUGCCUGACUGUUGAUGUGGUUCAAUGUAUGUUGCAGAGAAUUUUGUUCAUAGUCUUAUCUUCAUGAAAUGUUGAAAUGUUGGUUGUGUAUCAGAAAAAGUGACGUUUCUUUCAACUUAUUUGCUGCUUUGAUUUAUGAUUGUUUAAACAAACAUUUACAAAUGAGAAAUAGAAGCAUAAAGCACUAAUGGCUGAAACCGUUUCAGAACUGAAAGGUAUUUUUAAAGUGCUAUAAAAUAAAUCAACUGUUUUAGAAUGUAUGGGCUUUUAAAGCACAAAGUAAAAUUGAAAUAAUAUGUAAUUGCUGCCUUGUCUAAAGCCAUUGGAUAAUACAACAGUCAAUUUGUUACUACAAUUCAAUGUUAAUUUACUUAUAAAAAUAUAUAUAUAAGAGUAGGCUACUUAUAUUUUUUGUAGCUUUAGUCAUGACCUUUUGAUUGUAAUAAACAGAGAACUUACACAAUAAAGAAAAAAGUAUACGUG